AUGACCAAUGCAAAGGGGACUAGGAACUACCACAAGAACUUCCAGGUGAAGAGAAGAAGGAGACGCGAGGGAAAGACGGACUACAAGCACCGAACGAACAUGAUCAGGCAGGACUCGAAUUCGUAUGGGUCUGUGAAGCAUAGGCUUGUUGUGCGAAUAACGAACAGCAGGGUUAUAUGCCAGAUUGUGGGUGCGUACAUGGAAGGAGACAGGGUCAUGGUGUAUGCAGAUUCUAGCGAGCUUCCUAAGUAUGGGAUCAACUUUGGGCUGACGAACUACUCUGCAGCAUAUGCCACAGGGUUCCUUAUUGGGAGAAGAGCACUUACAGCCUUGUCUCUUGAUGGGGUGUAUGGGCCAAAGAAGAUUGACGGGUCUUAUAGUAUUACGGAGGAUGUUGAUGGAGAGAAGAAGGCGCCCAAGGUGUUUUUGGACAUAGGGCUUGCAAGGUCUACAAAAGGGGCAAAAGUGUUUGGGGCGAUGAAGGGAGCAUCUGAUGCGGGGCUGAACAUUCCCCACAGCGAAGUGAAGUUCUAUGGAUACAAGGAGGACGGAAGCUUUGAUGCACAAGAGCUGCACGACAGGAUAUUUGGGCACAACAUCUCUGAGUACAUGCAGGAGCUUAGGGAGAGCAACCCGGAGAAGUAUGAGGUGCAGUUUUCUGAUUAUAUCAAGAAGGGCAUCCAGCCGGAAGACAUUCCGCAGAUUUACAAGAACGCCUUUGACAAGAUUGCAGAGGACCCAAUAAAAGAGAAGAGGGAGAUAAAGGACUACUCUGGAUUCAAGAAGUACAAGCAGCCAAGACUUACAUACGAGGAGAGGAGGCAACGGGUACAGGCGAAACUUUCUGCAGCCGAGGAGGAAUAA